AUGUUUCUACUAGUAAGAAACUACUGUUCCAAAUUAACAUUUAAUGUAUGCCGAAUAUUUCCAGCAGGUGCCGGCAACCGCAACAAAACCAGGAGAGAGCCAAUGGAGUCCAAGAAGAACAAAAGCACAAAGAAAGAAAUCAACAGAGGAGCAUGGACUGCAGAAGAAGAUGAAAAGCUAGCUGAAGCAAUCGAGAUACAUGGUCCAAAGAAAUGGACAGUUAUUGCAGCUAAAGCAGGUUUACAAAGAUGUGGCAAGAGUUGUAGGCUAAGAUGGUUAAACUAUUUGAGACCAAACAUCAAGAGAGGAAACAUAUCAGACCAAGAGGAGGACUUGAUUAUUAGGCUUCAUAAACUUUUAGGAAACAGGUGGUCACUGAUUGCGGGAAGACUACCAGGUCGAACUGAUAAUGAGAUCAAGAACUAUUGGAAUUCUCAUUUAAGCAAAAAGAAGGAAAUAAUGGAAAAAGAAACUGGUUAUUGUUCAACAAGAGACUGCUCUGAGAGAAGGAGGGUGGUAGAGAUGGAGGAUCAUGUGAAAGCCAUGGACAAACGUGGAGUUGAAUGUUCAAAGGUGAACUUUAAUGUUGAUGAGUUUUUUGAUUUCUCAAAUGAGGAUCCAUCAACUUUGGAUUGGGUUAACACGUAUCUUGCUGGAACGAGUAGCAUAUUUAUGUAGGGAACUUUCAAUUGUUACUUGGUAAAUCUCAUGCUAGGCUACCUCUAAAAAGUACUGUACUAAAGUUAAAUAAUCUCAUGCAU